AAAUAAACUUUGCAGGACGGUGGGUCCAGGGUUGAAGAUGUCUAGUAUGCAGUAGCUACUAGUGUGGAGUGAGGCGAGCGGGCGUUGCGCGCUGUAGGGGUUAAUGAGCGCGCUGCGCGUCACACACUGUGAGCGGAUCCAACUUUAAAAAAUGAAGCUCUUCUCUGCGAGCGAUAAACGCGUCAAACUGAGCGAAUGAAUCAUGAAGGACCGCACGCAAGAGCUCAGACAUGGAAAAGAGACGGAAGAGGUGGAUGAGGUGGCCGUCAGUGUUGAAAAGGGUUUCAUGGAUGAGUUCUUUGAACAGGUAGAAGAGAUCCGAGGGUUCAUUGACUCUUUGGCAGAGAAAGUAGAAGAAGUGAAAAUAAACCACAGCGCCAUCUUGGCCUCUCCAAACCCAGACGAGAAAACAAAAGCAGAUUUGGAGGAGUUGAUGACAGAUAUUAAGAAGCUGGCUAAUAAAGUACGCACCAUGUUAAAGAAUAUCCAGCAGAGCAUAGAGCAGGAGGAGGCACUAAACCAUUCAAAAAACCCAUCAGCUGAUCUGAGGAUUCGGAAAACACAGCACUCCACCCUGUCACGUAAAUUUGUGGAGGUGAUGACAGAAUAUAAUGCAACGCAAUCAGAUUACAGGGAACGCUGUAAAGGACGGAUACAGAGACAGCUGGAGAUCACGGGAAGAAAUACAACAAAUGAGGAAUUGGAGACCAUGUUAGAAAGUAACAACCCCUCCAUCUUCACUUCAGGGAUCAUCAUGGACUGCAACAUCAGUGAACAGGCUAUGAAUGAGAUUGAGACGCGGCACAAUGAAAUCAUCAAACUGGAGAACAGCAUCCGUGAGCUGCACGAUAUGUUCAUGGAUAUGGCCAUGCUGGUGGAGAGUCAGGUCAUAAUCAAACCCAGUUAAAAUUGGAUUUAGUGCGACACGUGAGCCCCAGUCCUGCAGUAUUCGAGACACUUGAUCUGAUGACUCACAUUCACACUGUAGAGGACAGACAGCAGCUAAAGCAGCUGUAAAUCAGUUGCAGUGUAGGCCAGUCCGUUAUUUAGUACAUGGUGUACCAGUCAGCUUCUCCUAAAUGAACGAAACUACACAAAGGCUAACAUAAUGGGAUAUCAAGGAAACAAACCAGGGUGUAAUCAGCAACCAAGGAAACAGGAAACAAGAACACGGAAACAAUGGAAUGAAAUAAACUUCAAAACAUCUGUAUUUUAGCAGCAUGACCCAUGACCACUCCAUUUGAUGUUUUUCAAAGACCUGUUUAAUACUCUAGGACUGGGGUUUUCAACUUUGGCCUUCAAGGUCCACUUUCCUGCGGAGUUUAGCUCCAACCCUAAUCAAACACAACAAGCUAAUCAAGGUCUUCAGGAUCAUAAGGAAGUUAUAGGCAGGUGAGUUUGAUGAGGGUUGGAACAAUACUCUGCAGAAGAGUGAACUUUGAGGGCCAGUACUGACCAUAUGCACGCAUCUUGUUUUAGACAAGACAGCUCAGUCAUUUCUGGUCAACUGUACUGUGUCGUAAUACAAGUGUCCUUUGCUCGUUUUCUCUACAUAAUCCAUUCACAAUUCCAAGAAAAGGUUUGUUUGUCUAAGAGGACCAAACGUCCAUGUAUACCGUUUCAAGAAUGACAAAUGACAUGAGUAAAUCUGCUAAAUAUGCGCUAGUCAUUUUAUAUGAUUGACAGUAAUAACCGAACUAAACAUCUGACAAGCCGAUGUCAAAAACAGAGCUGUGCUUUAAAUGAUUCAGACUAAAUUCAGAGUAACAAAACUACAGCAGUAACAAGUUGUGUUGGUUAAAUAUAGGCUACUUAAUAGCUUUUACAGUUUAAGAUAAAACUGUUAUUAAAUGUAUGUAAAAAAAAAUUGUAGUUAUUAAAUUAAAUCUAAAAUAUUUCAAAUUCAUAUUAAUUCAUAUUGAAUGCAUUAUUUAUUCUUAUACCAUUAAUAUUUAACUUAUUUAAUUAAACUAUAUGUAAGUAAUUAAAUAAUUAUAGGCUGUUUGUGUCAGUGCUUAUUUAUUUAUUUUAUUGACUUUCUGCGCUUGCUAUACUAUAUACUUGAGUGCGGUAAAAGUACUAAAAAUUGUUGUACUAGUAAUUUUAUAAUAAAUCAAAAAGCAAGACAUGAAAAACUGUGGGAGUUGAAAUGGCAGCUGCAGCCAAUGAGUGAACCUCUACUGCCAUCUUCUGGUUAUAAGAGUAAUUUCAUGUCAUUUUCAUCUUAAAAAGUCGUUGUUUUCCAUGAAAAAGCAUUUUUUCCAUGUUGUCUUUAUGAAUGAAAAGUUAAUCUUUGAAGUGAAUUUUACUGCACAGCUGUAGAGUUGAAAAAUAAUAAUGGCUUUAAAAUAUUACAAGAUUUUAAAAAUAUUUUCAUGACUAUGAAGGCAAGUUUUUGAUUAUCAAGAAUAAUGUUUCAAUGUUGUUUAAGAGAAGCAUCUCUAGCUUGCUAAUGUUAGAUUAAACAGUUAUGACAGUGUUUAGCUGUCAGCAUUUAGAUGUACAACUUCGUGUCUGUGUAUUCUCUUGGGAUUACCAGGCUCAGAAUUUAAAUUAUAUGUUGUUAAAUAAUAUGAAACUGAUGCCUAAUAUGAUAAUAUGACCCCAGCCUCAGUCCAUUCCUUGUGAAGUUCACCCAAAUUCUUGAAUCGAUUUUGCUUGACAAGCCUCUCAAGGCUGCGGUUCUAUCGGUUGGUUGUGCAUCUUUUUCUUCCACGCUUUUUCCUUCCAAUCAACUUUCUGUUAACAUGCUUGGAUACAGCACUCUGUGAACAGCCAGCUUCUUUGGCAAUGAAUGUUUGUGGCUUACCCUCCUUGUGAAGAGUGUCAAUGAUUGUCUUCUGGACAACUGUCAGAUCAUCCGUCUUCCCAGUGAUUGUGUAGCCUAAUGAACCAAACUGAGAGACCAUUUUGAAGGAUCAGGAAACCUUUGCAGGUGUUUUGAGUUGAUUAGCUGAUUGGCAUGUCACCAUAUUCUUAUUUGUUGAGGUUUGGUGGGUUUUUGUUAAAUGUGAACCAAAAUCAUCACAGUUAAAAGAACCAAAGACUUAAACUACUUCAGUCUGUGUGCACUGAAUUAAUUUAAUACAUGAGUUUCACAAUUUGAGUUGAAUUACUGAAAUAAAUGAGCUUUUCCACAACAUUUUAAUUUAUUGAGAUGCACCUGUAAAUAGCACAUAUAAAAUGAGCUAUAUCGGAAAUUUACGAGCUGGCUUAUCAUUAUGCGGAAGUUCUAAAGAAGGCUCCGUGCAUAUGGUCAAGGACCUACCGCUCAGUCUGUUAUCAGUUGUACAUUAUUAAACACUGCAAUUACUCUACUCUGUCUUAAACAAAUCACUAGCUAUGUUUCCAUCACCCUUGCACAGUAUUGCAUCAGAAAUGUGUGAUGAAAAUGCCAAAUAAAAAAAAAUCCCUUAACUUGCAAAAAGUUAUGCUCGCUUGGGGUGUUGACUUGAUGGGAUGGCAUAACCUGACUAACCAGCGGAGUGAUCUCAUUACACAGCAUUUGAAAUGUUGUUAUGGUCAGAGUAUAUUUCUGUAUAAUUUCCUCACAGAAAUGUCUUACCUGACUGCAUUCCCAAACACCUAGCAUUAACCUCCUAAAGCAAUGACCGCAUUUACUGUGUUUUGUAUUUAUCAGGAAGUGACGAUUUUGUUCUCUUUGACUCUUUGAAUGGAAAUGGUGCUUAUUUGCAAAUGUUUUAUGCGAUAUUGCAAUUUUGCUCACAAUUUAAAUUUGCAACUUUGAAUGGAAACGCAGCUAGUGACUCAAAAACCAAAAGUCCCAUCCUAUAUUUUUUCUCAUUCAACAUGCCGUGUCACAUACUAGAAUGGAAAAGACAAUCCGCAAUUUCCAGUUUCAGAGUUUGAGUUCUGCCUAUUUAAACAUUCAGGCAAAUUGAGCUCUCCUUUGUGUCUUAUCAUGGUUGAACAGACAAGUACACAUGCAAAUUAUGUCAAAAUUACUGUCCUGUCAUGUAUUAUAAGCGCAGUCAGUUAUGUCAUAAAUGACUGUAAACAGUUAGGUGAAAAUUGGACGUGUGUUAGUAUAUUAGAGCUGUGCACAGUGUUAAAGUGACAGUAGCCUAAUAUACCUGCUGCUGUCUGUGUCCUUAUUGGUGCUAUAUAUGAUUUUUAUAUAUAAACAGCGAUUUGCUAUGUGAAGACAAAGUGCAGUAAUGACAUUCUUUUGCAGAGAGUGAAGUCUGAACCGCUCUAUGAAUUAAUCCAAGCUUUUCUGUUCAGUCUUUCAGCAGCAGCGGGACAGCUGGCGUUUUUAUUGAAUGUGAGGCUGUUCCUUUGUAACAGUUGCCAUUUGGAGUCGAUAGCCUUGUGGGCUCUGUUCAGACGUGUUGCACGGUUCUACUUUGCUUCUUGUCUUUCUGUACUGUCCUAUCGCAAAAAAGGCAAAGCUGACAAAAAUAGCAGAGGAAAGGAGGUCUGGGUUUUCUGAGAUGUAGCUGUCAUUGGAGAUAAAGUGUGAGAUGCAGUGUGCAGCCAGAUGUAAUUACAACAUCUACCAGCAGGGGCUAAAACUUUGACCUCGUACACUUUAUAGCCUAAUUUGUAAACUUUUUCUGCAAAGUGUUAAAUAUACUUACCAUAGUGUGCCAUUACUACCCAACAUAUUCUCUGGUCACGUUCUUUCGGUAAAUAGUGUUUGGUGAGCUGUAUUUUCCUGUUUUC